AAGCUGAUGGGUGCUGAUUCUCUCCAGCCUUUCCAAUCCAGAUAUACAUUGGGUAACAUCAUAGGUUUUCAAAGGAAUAGUCUUCUGAGCAAAUCUGAAAACCCUCUAAACUCCAUUGCUAUACAGAGAGAAAAAGGAAGAGAGAAGGUAACAAGGAAAGAAGGAUGGAAGAGAGGGCAUGAGGACAGCUAUUUGGAAACGGCACAGAGGCAUUUACAGAGAUCAUUAUAUCCUUGGGUCCUUUACCUUCCUCACCCCUACGCAGAGCUUGAAGCAGUCAUCAGCCAUGUUGGAAAAGUACUCAUGGCAAGGAACUGAGAGGCCUCUAAGGACUUCAGGCAGCAUCUAGAAUGAAUGUGGACGUACUACUACAACCAGCAAAAAGACCAGUCAUGCAACCACAAGGAAUUAACUUCUACCAAAUGGGACACUCUAAUGGCUGAUGAGAGAAAUAGGUACACGGCUGAGUCCAAGUUGAAGAAACACGUGGUUUCUUGGGAAACUUCCGUGGAAGGGGCUGCUCGGUGGAGCCAAGCCAAUAACAAGCUGCCUCUGCAGCUGGCAAUGCCAGGAAAUAAGGACAGUCAAGCAUCGGGUACCAGCAACUUCCAGGCGGCCGUGCCGGGCCUUGUUCCCUAG